AUGGCUACUACUGUUGAAACCGCUGAAAAUCCAUACGCCACUUUUCCAAGUGUUCCAAGAACAGCUUCAAUUAAUGGAUUUGCUGAUAGAAUUUAUGAUCAAUUACCAGAAUGUGCUCAACCAUGUUUUUUUGAAUCAACUGGUUCAACCCCUUGUCCAUAUUGGGAUACUGGUUGUUUAUGUGUUAUGCCACAAUUUGGUGGAGCAAUUGCUAAUUGUGUUGCUGAAAAUUGUCAAGGUGAUGCUAUUAUAACUGUUGAAUCAUUAGCUACUUCAAUUUGUUCAAGUGCUGGUGUUUGGGAGCCUUAUUGGUUUAUUCCAGAUGAUGCAUCUGCUGCUUUAGCUGAAGCUGCUGCUGCUGUUGCUACUUCUGUUGCAACUACUGAAGCUGUUGCUACUACUGAAGCUCAAGAAGCUUCAAGUGUUGAAGCUACUCAACCAAUUGAAACUAGUGUUGCUCCUGAACCAGCUGUUACUACUGCUGCUGAAGUUGAAGAAGAACAAUCUACUGUUGCUGCUGAAGGUGAAGCGCAAUCAGAAGAAGAACAAGCUACAACUGUUGCUGCUGUUGAAACUUCAACUGCUCCAGAAACUACUGAAGAAGUUAUUGCUGAAGAAUCUGCUGAUGAAAGUGUCUCUGCUACAGAAACUGCUUCUGCUGAUUCCGAAAUUGCUUCAAUAAGUGAAGCAUUAGAAAAUAAUGCUAUCUUACCAGGUGUUGCUAUGGGUGGUGUAAUUGCUGCUAUUGCUGCUUUAAUCUAA